AUGACUGAAACUCAUUCAUUGUCGACAUCAAAUAACGUAGACAACGAGAAAAUCCAUGAAGUGGUGACUACAAUCCCUGAAGAGCAAAUCGAACGCGACAAUGCUGCUGGGUAUGAACUUUAUGAAAAAGCACAAGAUAUCUCCACCGAGGAAGAUUUGGAGAUUUACAAAAGAGUUUUGAGUAAAGUUGAUUGGAGAAUUGUACCUUUACUUUGCAUUACAUAUACAUUGCAAUUUUUGGAUAAAUUAUCAUUGAAUUAUGCUUCGGCGUAUAGUUUCAAAGAAGACUUGAAUUUAGUGGGACAACGGUAUUCUUGGGUUGCUGCUAUUUUCAACUUUGGGUACUUGUUUUGGGCAAUUCCAGGGAAUUACAUUAUACAACGACUUCCAGUUGCUAAAUACACUGGCUUCAUGUUGUUUACAUGGUCGAUAAUUUUGAUUGGUCAUGUUGGAUUAAGCAACUACGGAGGAGCAUUAGUGAUUAGAUUCAUCUUGGGGAUGUUUGAAGCAAGUAUCAGUCCAUCAUGUAUGAUAAUAUGUGGGUCCUUCUACACUAUAAAGCAACAACCUAUACGUAUGUGUUUAUUCUUAUCAUUUAAUGGGGUUGCCACAAUGGUUGGUGCGUUAUUGGGAUUUGGAUUAGGUCAUGCCACUCACGCUAGUAUUAAACCUUGGAAAUUGAUCUUUUUGGUGAUUGGAUUAAUGAAUCUUGUUUGGUCGGGGAUUUUCCUUUGGUUAUGUCCUGAUUCUCCUGAGCAUGCCAAGUUCUUAACCGAAGAGGAAAAAGCCGUGUUGAUCAAACACAUAGCUAGUAAUAAUCAAGGUGUCAAGGAUAAAAAGUUUCAGAAAUAUCAAGUGGUUGAAGCAUUAUGUGAUGUGUCGGUAUUGAUGAUUGCUACAGUGGGAUUAGCUUGCGGUGUAAUCAAUGGUGGGUCUUCAAACUUUAUCUCAGCUUUGAUCAAAGGCUUUGGGUUUACUGGUAUCCAGGCCACAGCAUUACAAUUACCCUUGGGCGCCAUAGAGGUGGUGUUUGUCGUAGUUGGAGGUAUUGUAUCAUUUACUAUCAAAAACACCCGUUGCUAUGUUUUAUUUGCAUUUUGUAUUGCUCCAUUGGUUGGCCUUAUUGGAAUCCACACUAUAUCCCUAGACCAUAGAUGGUCAUUAGUUGGAUGCGCGUUUCUUCAGUUUAUAAUUGGAGGCCCAGUGAUUAUGUGUUGGAUAUUACUCAAUGCAAACGUGUCAGGAAGUUCCAAACGCACAAUAGCAAAUGGUAUAUGGUUCUUGUUGUAUGCUGCUGGUAAUAUCAUUGGUGCAAAUAUCUUUUACACAAAUCAAGCACCAAAGUAUAGAAGUGGUGUUAUUGGCUUAAUUACUUGCUAUUGUGGUAUUAUGGUGUUGGCAAUAUGUAUUAGGUUGGUAUUGAUGAGAAGAAAUAGGAUGAAGAAUAAGUUGCAAAAUGGUCAACCUGAAGAACAAAAAGAGCAAGCAGUAUUGAAUGGAUUCUUGGGAAUGACCGACUUUGAAAACGAGGGGUUUAGAUAUUCGUUAUAG